UCAUUACCUUGGCUUGUGGCUCUGGUCCAGGCAAAAAUGUUUCUUCAAACUUUCUCGCUGGCCCAGUCCUCCUGGACUAGCUGCCCUACUCUUCUGUAGCACCCACAGGGCUCUACCUGUGCCGUCUUAUUUGAAAUAUUGGGGGUUUCCUCACAUUUAAGCAUUGUUUUCUCCCCUUCCCAACUCCUUCCCCCACUACAACUAUUUCUCAGUGUCUCCUUUACUUCUCCUCCUUAUGGCCUUUCUCCUGAAGCUCUUGGGGUACGGAGGGGAAAAGAAACAUCUGGUGGAAAGUCAGUGGCUGCAACGUGAUGUCAACCCGGAGCAGCAUUGGGAGAUCCUCAGUGAGCUUGGCGAUGGGGCAUUUGGGAAAGUCUAUAAGGCACAGAACAGAGGGAACAGGAACUUUGCUGCUGUGAAGGUGUUGGACAUACCCUCCGAAGAAGCUCUUGAGGAUCAUGUGGCAGAGAUCAAUAUCUUGGGGCAGUGCCAGCACCCAAACAUCCUUGCACUACUGGAGGCAACAUACUGGGAAAAGAAGCUUUGGAUUCUGUUGGAGUUCUGCGCUGGUGGAGCCCUUGAUGGCAUCAUGUUGGAGCUUGGACGUGGUCUCACAGAGUCCCAGAUCAGUGUGGUCUGCUUCCAGACACUCCUUGCCCUUCAGUACUUGCAUAACCACAAAAUCAUUCACAGAGACCUCAAGGCUGGCAACAUCCUUCUCACUCAGCAAGGCGACAUCCGACUAGCUGACUUUGGAGUCUCUGCAGUUAACACCCAGACACUACAACGGCGAAGCUCCUUCAUCGGAACUCCUUAUUGGAUGGCCCCAGAGGUCGUAAUGUGUGAGACAUGCAAGGAUGCACCAUAUGACUCCAAGGCAGACGUGUGGUCUCUAGGAGUCACUCUGAUAGAGCUGGCCGAGAGAGAGCCUCCAAAUCAUGAUCUGAAUCCUACGCGCGUCUUGUUAAAGAUUAUCAAGUCACAGCCUCCAUGUCUGAAGUAUAAGCGGCUCUGGUCCCAGAACUUUAACAACUUUCUAGAGAAGUGCCUACAGAGGAGUCCCCAGGAAAGAUUAUCUGUCAGCCAACUUCUACAGCAUUCCUUUGUAUCAGAGGUCAGUGACAACCAGCCACUCAGGGAGCUGGUAGCUGAGGUCUUGGCAGAAGUGACAGAGGAGGAAGAAGUUGAAAAGCAGAAGGACAGUGAUGCUCAGAAACCUGUUCCACUGUCUGUUCCUGAGGAAGCAAUGGGUGUAGGCGUUAUAAAGUCUUCAGUAGUUUUGUUACCAGUAAAACAAGAGAAUGGCUUACCAUCUGUUUCUCAGAUGUCUGACCAAGAAAACCAUUCAAGGUCCUCCAACCACGAUGCACCUCAAAAAGACAGGAGAGGGUCAAGUUUCCUGAAAAAGAUGCGUCGACUUUCUGCUCCUUCCUUAGUCAGGGAGACUAAAGUAUCAGUUAAAUGGAAGACUGAAAGUGACCUGGAAGCCACAACAGAGAUCGACCAUCAGAAAGUGAAAGAGGAAAACACCCUCCAUGAUGUUCCUGCAGGGCAUGUAAAUUCAGGAUUGGAUGUACAUGUAAACCCUAAACCUGCAGAGGAUAAAGGUCAGGGCAUGAAGGUUGUUGAUGCAGAUGAUAAAGAACUUGUGAACUUGAGCCCAGUUACACAGCAGGACCUGACCCUUCCAAGUAAUGGACAAGCUGAGAGAGAAGCAGUAAGUCCAACCCUACAAACUCAAGAGAUACUCAAAAGCAAUAUGACUAGCUCAACAUCCAAAUGGCAUACAGAAGCCAACAUCUCUGGUGUCAGCAAGAUAAUCACCCCUGUCCUGCAAUCACAGCCCAGGUGGAAAAGCAGUGAUCCAUUGUGUAGUUCCUCAGGAGAUCAAUUCCAGCCAAACAGUGAAAAGAGCAGGAAUACAAUGGUGAGACCAGGUUCUGAAGGACAACCACAUGGGCUUUAUUUAUCUCAAUGUCAUUUGACUGUGAAAUCUAACAAGACUUUUUUACAGUUGCACUCACAGUCUCUUCUUACAUUGCCAAUGGAAACUAAGGCAUCAUCAACGAGGGAAAAGAGUAAAUCACAGGAACAGCAUCUGGAAAAACAUGAAGACCCUCAGAUCUCUCCAUACAAACAAAAACAAUCUGAAUUACUGGUACAUCACAAUCAUACGACUGAAAAACAUAUACAGCCGGAAGCUACCACUCACAGAGAAGGUGUGACCACAAGGAUGGAUCGGCAGCCAAAUUCAGAUUUUUCAACAUACUCCAAGAAUGAUACAGGAAUCUCUGUCAAUCAAAUCCCCAUUUCACCCCUUGGACCUACAAGUGAUUUUAAAAUAAUGAAGUCUGAAGAAUGUGCAAUAGAAAAAUUGGAUUUCUCCAAAUAUGGACACAGAACCUUGGAAUUUCUUAAUUCUGUCUCACCAAAGCUUACAAUCUCAAAGUGGAGAAGCUAUGGAAAUGUGAACGGAGCUCAAACUCAUCCAUUCAUAUACUGGACUGUGCCUUUAGCAAGGAAAUCAAUCACAACAGAUAAGGCAAAAAUAACAUUGCUUGAACAUCAAAUGGAAGAUGCAAAUAAACCAGGAGGUAAUCGAUCAUGUUCCACCCUAAAAGAUAAAAGUGAAACUGAUAAAACAAAUCAAACUAUAGACUUAGACUCUGCACUAAAUAGCGGGACUGUCAAGGAAGACACAAACAUAGAGCAAUUGGCUCACAAAACUGAUAGGCCUCUCCAACGGCUUAAUGCUGCACGGUGCUCAUGGUCUGUUUAUUCUUAUUUUCCCAACAAAGAUAUAAAACACACCCAUUCUGCUUCCUCAUUAAAAAGGGAAUUUAGAGCCUCAGUCAGAUGGCAAGUUGAUGAUCAGAAUGGCAGCAAUGAGCAGAAACACCAAAGAGUCCUACAAGGCAUUCCUUCUCAGCCAGGAAAGCUGAAGCCUACUGAUCUGCCUCAAAUAGAAGAAAUGGUUACUGGAAGAACAAGAAGAGCAGAUGGGAAUAUUAUGGGACAGCAUUUACCCCAGGAAAGUUUCUGCCUUUCACCCCAGAGUAACAUAAUUACAUCUGCCUACCAUCACCAGUCUCUAGAGGUUACCCAUUUUGAUAAAUCCAGGCGGAGAAGUAGUGAAAAUGUGCGCAGUUCUAACAGAAAACUAUCUAGAAGUUUGUCCGUACCUGUAUCAUGGAGAAGGAAACAAGUACAACUACAAGAAAAAGAGGAGGGUAACAUAAAGUUUGCAGAUAAAGUGCCCCAUCCAAUAACGAAUGACAAUGUAUCAGCUGUAGGGACACCUGAAAUGGGACAUUUAGGUCCUGCUGUGGACACAGACCUUGGUGAGAAAACUGGAGGAAAUGAACCUAUCCAGGUGACUUACAGCCCUUCAAAAAGGCUCAACUUUGCUCAAUGUUCAUGGGCAGUAUGUCCCCAAGAACGCAAUGGAAGGGCCGUUGUGCAGAAACAGGAGACACUAGCGGAAGAUACUACGACGGGAGAGUCUAAUAUACAUGCAGAACCCCCUGUACCGAAAAGUGACAUCCUUGCAGAUCAGACGGGAAAGUUGCCCAACGACCAACAGAAAACCGUCCGCGUGACACGAAAAUUUAUAGUGGAUGGGAAGGAGGUCAGUGUAUCAUCUUGCAAGCGUAAAAAUGAUUUGGGUAUCAGAGAUGACAAGGAACGCUCAGUAAGGCGACAAGAGCUGCAACACCUGAGAUUGUUGCAGAAAGAAGAGAAAAAGUCACAGAGCCAGCUAGAGCAGAGGAUGCAGAGAGAGAGGGAGGUGAUGUUCCGCAACGUCGAGCAGGAAAUUAUAGGAAAGAAACAGUAUUAUGACCAUGAGAUUGAGGCGCUGGAGAGGCAGAUGGAGCAGGCACGGAUGAGAAGAGAGAAUGAACACACUAACCGCUUGCGUCAGGAGGCCCUAAGAUUAAAGUCCCAGCAGCAGAAGGAGCUGGCUAAGAAGAAAGCAGAGUUGAAGGAGAAGUGGCAAGAGGAUCAAUACCUGUUAGUACAGCAGCAGGCACUAAACACAGCUUUACAGAAGGUGGUCACCGAUCACAAGAAUAAAGUUAUGAGUAUUGAGAAGGAGAACCUUUGCAAAAUCCAUAAUCUGAAGAAAGCUCGUAAUUCAGUGAUCCUGAAGCUGGAGGAAAGGCAUUUACAGGAGAAAUAUCAGCUUUUCCGACAGCACAUUACUGAGCAGCACAGCUUACAGAGGCAACAGCUGCGCAAGAGGCAUGAGAAGGACAUGGAGAGGCUGAAGCAUUAUCAGAGCCUACUGGUAGAUGACAUGAAGAGCAAACAUACGCAGGAGAGAUCUCAGUGGCAGAAAGCCCAGCGCACUGAGGCCAGGGCUCGCCAGGCAAUGUUUAAGGAAAGGGUUAAAAGUCAAGGGCUGAGUGCAUCUGAACAGAAGGAGAGAAGUAAACAGUUCUUGUUGCAAGAGACGGCCUAUCAGAAAUCAGAGACUCAGAGACAGCAGCAGAGACAAGAGGAGGAAAUGAAGAAGCUUCAGCAACAUCUAGAAGAAACAUGCAAUGAACUACAGCAGAUACAGGAAGAGAAGAUACAAACACUGCAAGCACAGGAGACAAAGAAGUUGCAGAAGCUAGAUGCAGAGCACAGUAUGGAAUCUGAACAAUGGAAAGAACGCCUGAGGCUGAGUAAAGAGAAUCUAGAUGCAGAGUUUGCAGAAAGGCAGCAGCAAAUCCAAAAGACCGGAAAACAUCCAUGCAAGGAUUAUCAGAGACGCACAUCACGAUUCUUCCUUUGAUAACAACAAAUGGAAAAAUAUAUAUACCUGAAUAUAAAUAUAUAUAUCUGAAUAUAACACUCAAAACUGUAAAUAUUCAUUCUAAUUAAUGUAAAUUAAAAAUAUACUUAAGGAAAAUAACA